UUAUCCAAACAGCGCCGAGGCGCCGACAUCAUCGAAAUCAUUGCUCCAGAAGUUGGAGAAACAUGAUCAACACGGCGAAACCAUUAUGAAAGUACUCGAAGAAAGUAGCUUUUGUUCUCAAACGCAGUUAUUGUGAAGAGAUAGCUAGAUAUUGGUUUAGCAAAUUUGUUGAUUUUGAAUGCUUCGAGCCGUGUCUCUUGCCAAGAAAAAAUGGAGAACUACACAAAAGGCGAAGUAAUUGAAGAGAGUCCAAGCUCUUUGCCCUUCAAAGACCUCCAAGAGGGCUUCGUGCACAUGAAAGUUCAACCGAGCAGCAAGCUCAGAAAUAUUCUUGAAUUCGCCAAAAAGGCAUUUCAAGAUGAAUCAAAGAAGCACAUGGUAUUCACUGGUUCUGGUCAUGCACUUGGAAAGACGAUCACCUGCGUAGAGAUCAUGAAGAGAAAACACAAGCAACUUCACCAGAUCAACAAAAUCUGCUACAAAAAGGUGGAAGAAAUUUGGCAGCCGAAGUCCGAGGACUUGGACAAGCUGAAGGUAGUGCGGGAAAUACCGACCAUACACAUUCUGCUCAGCAAAGAUCCUGUGGACACUACAGAACUCGGGUACCAACUGCCAGGAUGCAAGAAUCCUACCUGGAGCACAGAACAGAGACGGCCACCAAAGCGGACGCAGAGCAAGCCGUUCAUGAAAAAAGCUUCACGCCGCAACAGCAAACCCACGCAAGAAGCUGCUCAGUGAAUUCCUCAGGCACCUUUACUAAAGGAAAAUGCAAUUACAAACACCUGUGGUCUGUAAAUAACCUUCAAUAAAAAAAUCUAAACUUGUCUCGAUUAUUUCGAUAAA